AGAGAGCAUCGCGGAUGAUUCAUCGGGCGCCUGCAGCAUCCAGAGGACCGUGCGCGUUCACGCGUCGCGAAAGAGAGAGGAGGAAAGAGAGGGUGAAAGAGGAGGUGAAGGAGGGGGGGGAGAUAUAGGGUAAUGAAAAUGAUGGCGACCGAUGCAGAGGAGAUAAGAAUCCAAACAAGCCCCUGUCCCAUCCCCGACAACAGUCUCAGCACUCUGUCCAUCAAAAUUACGCGGAAAAACCAGGAUAGACACUGGAAGUUGCGGUUUAUUUACCUGCAGUGCUAUUUCUUGACAAUUGCAACAAUAUUGGGAACUGGAAUCUUAGGUCUUCCAGUAACGAUAGCCCAUGCUGGACUGGUGCCUUUCCUCGUCUCCUUUCUCAUUGGCUUCUUUGUCCAGGCCUUGCUUAUCUACUUGUUUGUGGAACUCCUUCAAAAAUGUCAGGUGGUGCAGCUAGAAUCUCUUAAGACAGGUGUCGCAGAGUGUAUUGUGAUGGAUCAGGUGGGCGUUGAGGAUCCAGGCCCCACAGAGGAUGAGGAUGAGGAUGAGGAUGAUGAUGAAAAUGCACAAGCAGGUUUACUACAGCAGGAUGCAGUAGCUCUGCACAACCAAGCAGAAAUCCUGCAGCCCAACCUGCACCUGCUUGGCUACCUCUUCCUCUCCCGGCCCAUGAGCUACGCCUUCAACUGCAUCCUCCUCUUCCAAUUCAUUUCUAUUGGAAUAAGUUAUGUCUUAGCUGGCAGUGAGGCCUACGCUGCUCUUCUUAAUGUCAGCCACAUCUAUGUGAUCCCGGCCUUCGCUUGGAUUCUAUCUCUUGCUAUCUUACUCGCCUACACAGUCAUCCAGCCAAUCACUUCGCUGCUUACCCUGCUGAAAGGAAUGCUGCUCGUUGUCACGGUGGCUGUGACAUUUGCAGUGGGGUCAGAGGUCGGCCUUCAGAGCAGCAGUGACUUCAGUCAGAUGGGAAAACCUUUCCUAAUGGGCACUGUGGCUCUGGGAGGGAUUGUAAACGUGAUGCCUCUGCUCUUCUCGCAGAUCUCGCACAACAAAACACAGAUCCUGUGGUUUCGGAGAGCAGUGCUCGCAGGCCUGACAACCUGCACUGUGCUCAACAUCCUCUGGUGCUGGGCAGUGCUGGAAAUCGUGCCCCAGACAUCGAUACCAGAAAGGCGGCUGGCAGCUGAGACGAUAACCCAGCCCGGCCCCAGCAACCUGUCUGGUCCUCAUUCCUCCGCCUCCCGUCUGCUGUACUCCAACAUCUCACUAGAAGAGUCUGAGAAAGCAGGAGAGAUUGCAACCAUACCAUUGACUAAGUUGAUGGUCUGGUGAGCUCGGUGUGGAGCAGCAGACUAGAGUGGCUGUCUAAAGCCUGGGAGCGAAACCUGCCCAACAAAGAGCACAUCUGCUCGGCAAGAGGCGUGGCUAAAGGAUUCAUGUCACUGCUUGCAUUCCUUGUCAUCUUUAUCGUUUCAGUGUGUGAUCCCAGGGGUUUUAUUGUCAUGUUGGACAAAGUUGUUUCGUUCUCCCUCAACACUGAAGUGGGACUGUUUGUCUUCAUCAUGCUGAGAGAGUCCAGAGAAGAUAGAUUCCAACACCUUGCGAUCCCUCUGCCAGUAGGUGACUGUGUCUUCAGCCUCAGUUGGCUGCUUCCCACCUACUUCCUGUUUGCAGUAACCUACGACGUCCUGCAGACCUUGGCAGAAGUGGCUCAUUUCCUGCCUUUCUACAGCCACAGUCAGGAGCCACACAACCACACUGGGACUGGGAGUGGAACAGCAGCCAACGUCUCCGUCCUGCUCUGAUCCUCAAGCAGCCACGUCAGAGACGGUCCACGAGGAGUUGAAGAUUGCCAACAAAAAAAAAAUCAGAAGCUUCGCAAGUGCUUUUAUAUUGUAUUCCCACUUAUCAAGCUCUUGAUACACUUCAAUCAUUUUGAAAAAUAAGUUUUAUUUGUUUUUUUUACGGAAGAGGAUUAGGGCCACGUGUGAAAAAAUGUAUUUGA